GAUACUCUUUUAUCUUACUACACCGAAUGUUUACAAAGCAAUGCAACACAGUAUUAAGAUAAACAGAAGAUGAUCGAAAUAACAUGCAGUAAUAUGAUUUCAAAAGUCAGAGUAAUGGAAAUAACAAAGAAAGCUGAACUAAAAAAAAUAUAUGAGGAAAAGAAACAUUUUUUAGAUGAUAGGAUGGAUACAUGUACGAAUUGUAAAAACACUGUUCUUUCAGAUAAACAGACUAUUGAAGUAAGCAUUGAAAAAGCUUCGGAAGUGCGGGUAAUGAUUGAGGCUCAAAAGAUAGCUAGUCAAAUUGAGAAAUAUAAACAGCUAUUAAAAACGUACAAAUUUGAUGGUUCCAAAAUUGUGAUUAGUUUUGGAAUAGAUAUUCAAAACACUAUUGACGUUUUUAUGAACAGUUUAUUUAAAAUAUCCGUAAGUAAUGAAGUUAAAUUCCUGAAACUGUUAACAGAUGAGAGAAUUCCUGUUCUAAAUUCAGUGCAAAAAUCAUCAUUGAAUCUAUCAGUUGGAUAUUUUUGGAACCAAAAAGAAGAUACAAAAAUCAAGUUGCAUCGACCUAUAUUUGGUACUUCAUUGACAGCACAAAAUGAAGGAACAGAAAGAUCAUUCAGUGCAUCUUCAACAACUUCACCACUGUUAGACAGUCUCCUAGCUGGUACACCAUUACAUGAGAAAUCAUUGGCUCAUCCUGUCUCUAUGGUUACUUCAGUUACUCCUGGUUCCUCAGCACCAAAAGGAACCUGUAGUUUUGGACAACAACCUUUUAAAACAGGUACACAGUCACCAUUCAGUUUAGGACAAGUGUCAUCGACUACACCAGGGGAUGACCAGGAUUUGUUUACCUCACCACAGAAGGCGUCUGUAACCUCUUCUGGUUGCUGCUGGCUAUAUAUUUCCAUCCCCUAAAAAGGAAAAUAUUUUUGAUGGAAAAUCGCCAAGAGAGAUAAGUCCUGUAAAAUCUCCAUCUAAAGAUUGUACAGAUGAAUAUGAACCUAGUGUUUAUUUCAAACCCGUCAUAGAUUUACCUGAUCUUGUCGAAACAAAAACAGGAGAAGAAGAAGAAGAGGCUGUUUUCUGUGAACGGGCGAACUUAUUUAGAUUUGACGGUGGGCAGUGGAAGGAACGAGGAACCGGAGAAUUGAAACUAUCACGUCAUAAACAAACAAAACGUGUUCGAUUAUUAAUGAGACGAGAUCAAGUCUAACCUUGAAAGUAUGUGCUAAUCAUUUCCUUACAAAAGAAAUGAAACUUUCGCCAAUGCAGUGUUCCAAAAAGGCAUGGUGUUGGAAUGCUAAAGACUUCUCUGAAGGAGAAAUUCAGAUUGAAAAAUUAGCAGUUCGUUUCAAAGAUGAGGACCUUGCUCUGAAAUUUAAGUCAAUUUUUGAAAAACUUCAGUCUGAACUUGAUCAGGUAAAACCAAUCCAAGUAAAAGUAGAGUCAUAUAGAACAGUAAACACAGACAAACCAUCACUUGGUUCAAAGUUUAAGAAAGAGGAGGCAUGUCUUGAUAUCAAAUAGAUCUGAUGUUAAGAAAUGUGCUGCUUGUCAAACACUGAAGCCAGGUCUGAAGCCAGAGGAUGUAAUAAAGACAGAAUCAAAAUCAUUAAACGUAUUUGGUUCUACAUUAAGUGGUGUCAAGUUUGAAAACACAAGCUCAGAACAAAAAUCUUCAGGCUUUUCCUUUCAAUCGGGGGCUAAACCAACAUCCGCUGCAGACAUCAUUUUUGGUCAGACAACAAAAGGAACUAACAGUACAACUCCUGCUACAGGAAAUGGAUUCAAGUUUGUUGGACAAACCGUUAAAACAACAACAUCUGUAGCAGAUACUGGCAAACCUCCACUCAGUGGUGGAUUUAAAUUUGGACAUCUGCCAGAGUCUGAGAAAAAAAGGCCACACCAGGAGCAGUAAGUUUUGGACAGACUUUUUCUUCCACUUCCACAACUCAACCCGGCAAGUCUACUAUAGAUGGCUUCACAUUCCAAUCACCUAAACCAUCUGGUUUCAGUUUUGGUGGAGAGACCAAGUCUGACACUUCCAAACCAGCUGCGACAUUUUCCUUUAAGCCCAGUGCACCAAUCGCAAGUCCUUCACCUUCUUUAACUGUUACAGAAAUAAAGAACAAACCAGUUUCAUUUAAGCCAAGCACUCCCUUAGACGCUUCGUCAGUUAUCCAUAAGCCUGAGCUUGCUAAGAAAGUUGAAAUGAAAGGAUUUGGAAAUCUGUUUAAACCGAAAGAAGGAAGUUGGAAAUGUAAUGGAUGUCUUAUGCCUAAUAAUAGUGAUGCUCUGAAAUGUCCUGCCUGUCAAACACUUAAACCUGGAGUUACCAAGGAGGAGGCUUACUCCUCUAAUCAGUCUGAGAAGAAGGAAGGAAAGAAAGGAUUUGGCGAUUUGUUUAGACCUAAAGAUGGUGACCGUGUCUGGAAAUGUGAUGGCUGCCUUGUUUCAAAUAAUGGUGAUGUUCUCAAAUGUCUUGCAUGUGGUACGUUGAAGCCAGGGGUUACAAAAGAAGACUUACCAAAAGAAACGGAAAAGUCUUCAGCUUUUGGUAGUACCGGUUGGGGAUUUAAUUUUGGUGGAAAAGGAGGAUUCACUUUUGGAACAGCCGGGAAUUCUGAUAUCAAAGCUGGAUCUGGAUUCACUUUCCAAACAAGUGAUACAGCUGGUUUUAAUUUCACGCGAACAAAAUCUAACACAGAGAAAAAUAAACCAGAUGCUCUAGGCAAAGGUUUCAACUUUACCUUACAACCAUCUGCAACUGUUACACCAGAAAAGAGCAGCAGUGGAUUCCAUUUAACAUUGUCACCAUCAAUAGAUGCAGGUCCAAAGUCUCCACUCACCGAUGCUGAGUGCAUGUACAUGAAUAAAGACAAGGAUGGUGAUCACAUUCCUUUUGAACCGAUUAUUCAACUCCCGAGUGUUGUUGAUGUUGUCACUGGAGAAGAAAACGAAGAAGUGUUAUUUCAACAUCGAUCUAAACUGUUUAGAUUUGUUGAUGGUGAGUGGAAAGAACGUGGACUGGGUGACAUUAAAAUCUCCAAACAUAAGGAAAAUGGAAAAGUUAGUCUUCUGAUGCGUCGAGCACAAAUUCAUAAAAUAUGUUUGAAUCAUUAUUUAACCCUGGAAUUAGAGUUAAAACCUAUGCCAAAAACUGAUGGAAAAGCUUGGAUUUGGUUUGCGAUGGAUUUCUCUGAUGGCGAACCUGCAAUGCAACAACUAGCUGUAAAAUUCAAAAAUCAAGAAAUAGCAAAUGGUUUCAAAAAGGCAUUUGACGAUGUCAAAGUUAGACUUGAAUCCUCUAUCAAUACCAAGGAAUCAUCAGUAGGAAGUGUUGAUGAUUCUGAUGAUAGAAUCGAUUAUAUUGAAUUUGUAAGAGAAGAGCAAGCUACAAAGUAGCAGAUAACAAUGGCAAGACAAUUCUUCUUACCCGAUCACUUCUAUUUGUAUGAGAAGAAACCAUCCUGUCCAGGUUGUAUUGGUUGUGAGGAUGAAGAACCGGGAAAUUAUUGUUAAAGACAAUUAGACCCAAGAUAUACGGAAUUUGAUCGAAAUUUGUGUGUUAUCUUGCGUUGUACAUUUUCAUAGCCGAACAUUGAGAUAUAUGGUCUGAAAUGUAAAAUUAUGUGAAGAAGGCAAAUGGUCAUAGCUUAACCUUGAGAUGCAUUGUCUGAUAAGUAAAAACAGGUGAUUGAAUGUCUGUACAAUAUGAUAUUUUCAACAUGUUUGAAUUUGCCAAACAAGUCAUUAUAUUUUUUUCUGUUAAUUAACUAUUUUAAAUAUUUUUGCGUGUGUCCUUACUACCUUAGAAACUAUUAUGCCAGUAGAUGGAAACUUUAAAUAGCAAACAUGGUUGAAAUUAUCUUCAUUGAGCCCUUCAGUGAUGAAUUUGUUUUUUUAUAUUAUCUGCAAAAACAAAAAAGAUAAAUAAGCAAAAAUGACAAGAUUUACAAAAAAAUCAAAUGAGCAAAAUUAUUAGCUUAAUCCUUUGUGGAGUUUGUUUUAUCUAUAACAUGCUAUAAAGACGAUAUCUACCCA